AUGCCGGGAGAUGCCCAACUCCCACCUCCGCCGAGGGCUCCUCCUCCACCCGAACCCGACCCCAUGGCCGCCAUGAAGCUUACAAGGGGAACCUCGUGUGUUUUGUGCCAACAACGGAAGGUGCGUUGCGACAAGAACAAGCCAUGUGCCAACUGUGUCAAGGCUCGCGUGGAAUGUCGAGUGAUCCCCCCACAACCUCCAAGGCGGAGAAAGAAGAGGCUUCAAGAAAGGGACCUCGUCGACAGGCUGAAAAAGUAUGAGGUUCUUCUGGCCGAAAAUGGCGUCAAAUUCGACCCUAUUGCCACCGACCUCAAAGCUUCGGACCGGGAUUCAGUUCAUGUCGACGAAGGCUCCAACAUAGACGAAGUAGCCGAUUUAGAGAAUGACUUUGAAGGCUUGAAAACCUCACCUGAGGGCAGCACGUCCCCUUCAGUGGCGGGAAGCAGGAGGUCACAGUCUGACAAGCCAUUUAACAAAUGGUUUCCUUUUCAUAAAGAGUUCAGAGCCAGCGAGGAGCUACUUAGAGACUCCUCUGAAGACGAGGUUGACGGUUCCACCAUACAUCAUGCGUUUGACAAGAUGUACGACAACCAAGAUGGCUUCCCGUUCAUUGUGGGAACUCGUAAUGCGUCCGUUGCGCACCUACAUCCGUCUCCUAUACAAAUCUUUCAGCUAUGGCAGAUUUACAUCAACAACGUCAAUCCACUUUUAAAAAUUACCCACGUACCCACCGUCCAGGGACUCAUCAUUGAGGCUAGUGCCAGCCUUGAGAAGAUACCAAAGAAUGUAGAGACACUCAUGUUUGCGAUCUACUUGUUGGCUGUCACAUCGCUUGAGGACGCAGAGGUCGCAAAGAUGUUCAACGAACCCAAAACCGCCGUCUUGUCCAGGUUCCACACCGCACUUCAGCAGGCUCUGGUCAAUGCCGGCUUCAUGCGCACCAGUGAUACGAUGGUACUUCAGGCUUACAUGCUCUACCUGAUUGCUGUUCGCAUGUUUGUUGAUCCAAGACAAAUCUUUUGCUUGGUUGGCAUUGCCGUGAGAAUAGGCCAACGAAUGGGCCUUCACCGGGAUGUCGCUGCCUUUGGGUUAUCUCCAUACGAGGUUGAGCAAAGGCGACGUUUGUGGUGGACCAUUGUUGGCUAUGAUCGCCGAAUAGGCGAGAUGACAGGCUCAACCGUCACGGCUUUAUCGACUGCUGGUGACUGCAAGCUACCUCUAAAUAUUAACGAUACAGACCUUCAUGUCAAUGGCAAAGAUGCCCCCACACCACAUCAGGGCGCAACAGAAAUGCUCUUCGUCCUCAUCCGGACCGAGUUGGCCAUGGCCAUCAGCAGCGAUACUGUACGUGAUGGCCAACGAUCCCAUGGAGAUAAGGACAAGGAGUCUGGCGCCGGUACCAUCGCACCACGCCCCGUUUCGACUGUUCGCAUGGCAGGGCAAGACCAGACUUACACUCUUGACGGAUUCUUCGCGCACAUUGAGGGCACAUACCUCAAGUGGUGUGAUCCAAAGAUACCAUUGCACUUCUUCACCCUUACUAUGACGCGGCAGGCGCUGUGUAAGAUGAGGGUCAUCUCAUUUCUCGUGCGGAUGGGUAACGGCGAGGCGACUACGCUUCAGGAUCAUGAGCGCGACACACUCUUCCUCGAAGCUGUCCAGAUGAUCGAGUACGACAACAUAGUGCAGGCGGCGGAAAGCCUCCAGGGGUAUAAGUGGUAUACGUACCUUCACUUCCCAUUUCCGGCAUACAUGUUCCUGGUGACGGAGCUGCGUCAUCGACUGACAGGCCCAAUGGUUGAGCGGGCUUGGGACGCCAUCGCCGAGAACCAUGAACGGCGUGGCUUGAUGAAUACAUUACACAGCCCCAUGCACAUCGCUUUUGGCAACCUCUUCAUCAAGGCUUGGGACGCCCACGAGGCGGGCCAACGGCAGGUCGGAAAGCCAGUGCAGGAGCCCAUGUGGAUUACGAGGCUACGCCAACGGGCAGAGAAGGCCGGCAAGAAACAGCGCGGCGGCCGGACCGGACCAGAAGGGGCACCUGGGUUCGGUCAACAGAUGGCCAGGGCAGUACCGAUGGGUAACAGCACAUCGCAGGUGGGGCCUAUGCAAAUGCCACAGAGCAUGAUGAUGACGCCGCCCUCGGUUAGCGCUGGGACUCCGGCAAUGGGACCCCCCGCGUCGGAGGGAGAUGUCGAUAUGGACUGGAGCUAUCUAAUGCAAGGGUACGACAUGGAUACAUACGCGGCAUUCGGCGGAGGCUUCGGCGGCUUUCCUGUGGGUGGAAAUGGUAUGGUCGGUCCGGGGAUGAUGGGAAACCCCGACGCAGGCAACAUGUUUGGAAAUUAG